AUGAAGCAAGCUCUGUAUGCAUGGAAUACUAGAAUUGAUCAGUAUUUUCAUGACAAUGGUUUUGAAAAAUGCACAUAUGAGCACGCACUAUAUUUGAAGAAAGAAGCUGAUGGAAGCAUGUUGCUUGCUUGUCUUUAUGUUGAUGAUUUAAUUUUCAUCGGAAACAAUCCAGCCAUGUUCAAAGACUUUAAAAGAAGCAUGGUCCAAGAAUUUGAAAUGACAGCUAUUGGAUUGAUGGCUCAUUUUCUCGGCAUUGAAGUGGCACAAAGAAAAGAUGGAAUUUUUAUUUCCCAAAGUGGUUAUGCCAAGGAAAUUCUCAAGAGAUAUGGAAUAGAAAAUUGCAAUCCAGUGAACACUCCUGUAGACAGUGGAGUGGAGCUCAGAAAAUGUACGAAGGCAGUUGAUGUGGAUCCAACUUAUUUCAAGAGCCUAGUUGGAAGUCUUCGCUAUCUUACUUGCACCAGGCCAGGCAUACUCUAUGGAGUAGGACUGAUUAACAGAUAUAUGGAAACACCAGAUCAGUUACACCUUUAUGCAGCAAAGAGGAUUCUUCGCUACAUCAAACGUACAGUCGAUGAUGGUUUAUUCUAUAAACCAACUAAUAAUUUCAAACUUGUUGGCUACUCAGAUAGCGACUGGGGAUGUAAAUUGGAUGAACGGAAAAGAACUACGGGAUUUACUUUCUUUGUGGGAGAUACAGCCUUCACAUGGUCGUUCAAGAAGCAAGCCAUUGUGACAUUAUCGACUUGCGAAGCUAAAUAUGUUGCAGCCAACUCAGUUGUGUGCCAUGCAAUAUGGUUACGGAAUAUGCUGAAGCAUUUGGGAUUUCCACAAGAAAAACCCACUGAGAUCUAUGUUGAUAAUCACUCAGCAAUUGCAUUGGCAAAUAACCCAGUUUAUCAUGAAAAAAGUAAGCAUAUUGACACCCACUAUCAUUUCAUCUGA